AUGAGCGAACAGUCGUUCAGGCAGAACUUGCAGGGCUUCCGGUGGGCGCAGGGUGUCACAGAUGACUCGCAGUCGCAACCGAGCGAACAGUCGCCCUUUGCCCGCUUCACCUCCGCCCUCUCCGGCGGAAUCCCUCUCCGGUCGAACGAGCGCACGAAUGAGGAAGAGGCCUACUUCGCCCUGAGUCGAUGGGAGCGCUUCGUCGGCUUCCUCAUGUGCAUCGCAGGAGCGGCCGCCUGCUUCGCCAUCGCCUUCUUCCUGGGUCUCCCGUUGCUGGCGCUCAAGCCGAGGAAGUUUGUGCUCUCCUUCACCCUUGGAAGCGUCCUCUUCAUGGCAGGCUUUGCCAUCCUGCAAGGCCCCCUCGCACACCUCAAGCACAUCUUCAGCUCGGAACGCCUACCCUUCACAGCCGCCUACUUCGGCUCGCUCAUCCUUACGCUCAUCUUUGCGCUUGUCAAACAAUCAUAUCUCGGCACUCUUGUAUGCGCGAUCGUUCAGUGCUUUGCGCUGGUGGCCUACUUCGUUUCUUACUUCCCCGGCGGAUGGGCGACGCUUUCGUUCGGAUCACGGAUGGCUAUGCGCGGAGCGAGUUCGUACUUACCGGUGUAG